AACUCUGUCCGAUCAGCUGUUGGUAAGAGAGCGAUGACGUAUUUCCGGUUUUACACCCGACAUUACAACAACAAGGCAGGGGAGCCGAGUCAGGACGUAGCCACAAAGGUGCUAGAAGAGUAAAAAGCAGGAAUCCAGGAAGACUCCUCUCAGAAGAGACCUCGCUGGCAGCUGGAUGACAGCAGCUGGUGUGAGGCAGAUGUUGUAGAGGCAGAACCUGGCGUCCCGUCAGACUGCAGGGACUGUUGCAGAUGUUUUGAUUUCAGAAUGAAAAGGAUUUGAGGAAGGUUUUUCGUGGGGCGGGUCGUGAGCGGUGGUAGUGGGUGAUCAGGUUCUACAGAGCCCACACUGCUAGUAAUAUGAGCCAUGGACUCUGGAGCAGCUGAUAGUCCUGUAACCCUGGUCCUGAAGGCCUCCAACCAGAAGUACGAAGACCAGACCAUUAACUGCUUUCUGAACUGGACUGUGGAGCGACUGAAGAGACACAUCAGCAACGUGUACCCCAGCAAGCCGCUGUCCAAGGACCAACGGCUGGUGUAUUUAGGACGACUCCUUCAAGACCACCUGCAGCUCAGAGAUGUGCUUAAUAAGCAGGAUGAAUACCACAUGAUGCACCUAGUGUGUACCUCCCACAGUCCCCCGGCCUCACCUGUGCCCCGGAGCCCCUCCACAGCCAGCGCUUCUGCUUCUGACUCCAGCUUGUCAGACAGCGCUGCCUCCACACCAGGUCAGGACAGUCAGUCGGCUCCGUCCUCCUCCUCAGUGCCAGUAGGUUAUGAUGGGCUGAGGUAUCGGGGGGGCCUUCCCCAGUCUGAGCCUCAGAGCCCAGCGACUGUCCCUCAGUGGCCAGAAGCAGCCCAGGUUCCUCUACAAGGAGGCCUACCUGGCAACAUGCCCCCCCACCCAGCGUACCUGCCCAUGCAGAUGCUGUGGUGGCAGCAGAUGUAUGCACGCCAGUACUACCUGCAGUACCAAGCAGCAGUCGCUGCCUCUCAGCCCUCAGCCACCGUGGCUCCUCCGUCACCCUCCUCCUCCUCCUCCUCCCCUCUUCAGCCAGCUCAGGCCAACGAUGCUGUGCAGCCCCCUCUUGGGCCUAACCCAGCUCCCAACCCCUUACCUGAGAACCGUCCGGCCAACCCCAACAUCCAGAUGAACGCACAGGGCGGUGCGGUGCUAAACGACGAUGAGCUCAACCGUGAUUGGCUGGACUGGUUGUACACCGUGUCCCGUGCAGGCGUCCUGCUCAGCAUCGUGUACUUCUAUUCGUCUUUUAGCCGGUUUGUCAUGGUGGUUGGUGCCAUGCUGUUUGUCUACCUGCACCAGGCAGGGUGGUUUCCCUUCAGGAUGGAGCAGCAGAACCGUGAAGGAGGUGAAAGGGACAGAGUUCCUCAGGAAGACGCAGAGGGACAUCUGGACAUUCAGGAAAUGGAGCGUUUGAUGGACGAGGGGAUGGAGGACGAUGGCAGUGAGGAGGGAGCUGCAGUCCCCGAGGACCCGGCCCAAGCUCCCGCUGCGCUGCCCGAGCCGAGCUUCCUCACCACCGCGUGGUCCUUCAUCAGCACGUUCUUCACCUCGCUCAUCCCAGAGGGACGGCCCCACCAGCUCAACUAGUUAGUCAGACCCCCCCGAUCCCACCAGCAGGUAACCCUCUACAGACAUGUCAACCUUCCUCUCAACUCAACAACCUACCAACCUACGGAACCAGUCAAACGCCUUUUGUGGAGGCUGUGAAGAUUAUGCUGCUAUCCUCCUUCAUGCCGCCAGCAAACCUCCAUAUUUAAACCCCGCUACAGCGAAGUUUAAAAGGCAGGUGGGUUAGUUCAGCCAGGAUUUAGGAGACUAAAGGAACAUUUACUAAAUACUACACUGUGCAAACAGCUGAUGUUUUUUACAUUUUCCACUCAUGGGUUGUGAGUUCAUUCGUUGGGGUGGAGGGAGCCGUCUUCCUAUUUCAGCCGUGAUGCGGUCGUGCUUUUAAAACUCUUUGAACGUGGACCGAAAUGAGGGAUCGACAUUAACCUCGCUAAAACUGGGAGACUGACAGCUCCUGAAACUGCAUCUCUGCAGAGAUCUUCAUCUAUGCACAUAUGACGUGCAUAAAGACAUUGCAGCUACUGAAGCAGAUUGUUUUGUCACUUUGUGUAUCUAAAUAUUAUCUAUUUACACAUAAGUAUAUGCAUCUUUAAUUCCUGGAUAUAUGCUUUUUUCAAUAAAAAGUAAUACUAUCA